AUGCCGGCCGAGCUUUCCGCCGAACAACGCAAAUCCCUUCAGGAAGAGAUCAAGGUUCUUGGAGAUGAAAUCCGAGCAUUGAAAGCCAACAAAGCCGACCCCGCCGUUGUAAGUAAAUUAUUAAUGAAAGCCGAAAUGCUUCGCUCAAUCAUUUCAAAAAUCGCCAAUUCACCGCAGUUGUAUGAAAAUGUUUCGAAACCGCGUAUCGGUUAUGCACAAAGGGGUGGACGACGGAUCAAGGAGCGGGUUGCGCGUAUGCUUGAGAAGAAGGCGGCACUUGGAGAUGAGCAACCUUCUGGAAAAUUCGUCCUCAAAACGCCAAAGGGUACGCGAGACUAUGGACCGGCCCAAAUGGCUGUUAGAGAAUCAGUUCUCAAGAUCAUCACCGAUGCCUUCAAAAAGCACGGUGCCGAAACCAUUGACACUCCAGUUUUUGAGCUUCGCGAUGUUUUGAUGGGAAAAUAUGGAGAAGAAGGAGGAAAAUUGGUGUAUGAUUUGCAAGAUCAAGGAGGAGAGUUGCUAUCGAUGAGAUAUGAUUUGACGGUUCCAUUUGCUCGAUACCUUGCCAUGAACAAAGUGACGAACAUUAAAAGAUACCAUAUCGCCAAAGUAUACAGAAGAGAUCAACCAGUGAUGACGAGAGGAAGAUAUCGCGAAUUCUACCAAUGUGAUUUCGAUAUUGCUGGACAAUAUGAUUUAAUGCUUCCGGAAGCGGAAUGUUUGAAGAUUGUUGACGAUGUUCUAGGUGUCCUCGAAAUUGGCGAAUUCUAUGUUAACUUGAAUCACCGUCUGAUUUUGGAAGGAAUGUUUGCCGUUUCUGGAAUUUCGCCAAAAGACUUUAAAACCAUCUGUUCAUCUGUUGAUAAACUUGACAAGACGCCUUGGGAAGAAGUUGAGCAGGAAAUGAUCAAGGAGAAGGGUCUCAACAGCGAGCAAACCACAAAAUUAGGAUCGUUUGUAAGAUUUAGAGAACUAAAUCCUGAUCUUUCGAACACUCAACUUCUUGACAAAAUGGCAGAUCUCGAGGAUUUGGGAAAAAAUGAGAAAUUCAAAAAGGGUUGUGCUGAAUUGAAGCUUCUCAUCGAGUAUUGCGAGCUUUACAAUGUGAAAUCUGUUAGAUACGAGCCAUCUUUAGCCAGAGGCCUCGAUUAUUAUACUGGUGCUAUUUAUGAAGCUGUUGCUCCAAAAGCUUUGGAAGGAACCGAAGUCGAAAAAUCUGAAGAGACUGCCGGCCAACCUGUUGGAGUUGGUUCAGUUGCCGCUGGUGGAAGAUACGAUGGACUUGUUGGCAUGUUUGCUGCGAAGACUAAUGUUCCAUGCGUCGGAGUUUCGUUUGGAAUUGAGCGAUUGUUCGCAAUCAAAGAAGCCCGUCAAAGGGGUGCGAACGCUCUGAGAACAUCGGCAACAGAGGUGUUCGUUGCUUCGGCUCAAAAGAAUCUACUCAAGGAGCGAAUGAAGCUUUGCAAUAAGCUGUGGGAUGCUGGAAUUAAGACUGAAAUGGCUUAUAAAGCGAAUCCGAAGCUUUUAACGCAACUGCAAUAUUGCGAAGAACGACGAAUUCCGUUGGUAAUCAUUAUUGGGGAGCGAGAAAUUCAGGAAGGAAUUGUCAAGUUAAGAAAUGUGGUUACCAGAGAGGAAACGGAUGUUCCUUUGGACGCGCUUGCUGAAACUAUCAAACAAAGAAUUGCUUAG